UUUAAACGACACAUCCCAGAAUGAGAUAAAAUUUUGGGACUUGUAGUCCAACCGACACCGUGACCAGAAAGCUAUAGGUUGCUUUUCCUAGUUUAAGUCAAGUGAGGUCGUCGUCAGUCUGGCUAGCACAGCGAGACUGUGUGUCAGAGAGCUGCGGCUAACCGCAGUCAGCAGGGUGACAUCAGCGUGAUCACGUGAGGAGGCUGCCGCAGAGGAUCUCUGGGUAUAGAUCAGGAAGUGAGUACCAGUGUCUGUCAGCAAAGUGACUCCUCUCCAUGCCAGAUUUCUCAAUGGAUCUAAGCUGUGACUGUUUACAUUCUUUGGGAGCUCUCUUUGGAUUGUUACUGACUAUUGUACUAUUGUGGUUGGGUUGUCGUCUGGGUGUCAUCUACCAGCUUUUUCACAAGGUUGAGACCCAAAGUCCUUGCCAUGGUGGAGAGUUGGUAGCAAAGGUGCUUCAGUCCCAUGGCGUGAAAUAUGUGUUCACACUAGUCGGCGGUCAUAUCUCGCCCAUCCUGGUUGCCUGUGAGAAGUUGGGAAUUCGUGUGGUGGACACGAGGCAGGAGGCGACUGCAGUAUUCGCUGCAGAUGCAGUGGCCAGACUUUCAGGGACUGUGGGUGUGGCUGCAGUGACCGCAGGUCCAGGUUUAACCAAUACAGUCACUGCCAUUAAGAAUGCUCAGAUGGCAGAAUCCCCACUCCUGCUAAUAGGUGGAGCGGCUGCCACAUUACUACAGGGCCGAGGAGCACUCCAGGACAUAGACCAGUUAUCUCUUUUCAAGCCUAUUUGUAAAUUCUGUGCUUCUGUAAGGACUGUACGUGAGAUUAUCCCUGUGCUGCGGAAGGCGCUAGCUGAGGCACAGUCGGGAACUCCCGGGCCCGUGUUUGUGGAGUUUCCCAUUGAUAUUUUGUAUCCAUAUCAUGUGAUCCAUAAAGAGUUGUCCCCAAAAGGUGCUCCUAAAGGAAUUAUAGGAAAAAUUAUUAAUUGGUACUUGCAGAAUCACCUGAAUAAUUUAUUUGCUGGAGCCUGGGAGCCAAGAGACACUUCACCCCUUCCAGUCUCCAUCACUAAGGCUACGGCUGAACAGAUCCAGCAAUGUGUAGAGUUGGUGAGUCGUGCUAAGAAGCCUGUAUUCAUCCUGGGCAGUCAGGCCACUCUGCCUCCGAUACCUGCUGACAAUCUCAGAAAGGCUCUGGAAUCCUUGGGUAUUCCGUGUUUUUUAGGAGGAAUGGCCAGAGGCAUGCUGGGAAGGGAUAGUCCGUUACAUAUUCGUCAGAACCGAAGAGAUGCACUUAAGGAAGCAGAUUUGGUUAUAUUGGCUGGCACAGUGUGUGAUUUUCGUCUUUCCUAUGGGCGUGUCCUGAACAGACGCAGCAAGGUCAUUGCGGUGAAUAGAGAUCGCUGUCAACUGUUAAAGAACUCUGAUAUGUUUUGGAAGCCAACUGUCGCCAUACAAGGUGAUGCUGGUUCAUUCAUAAUCAGUCUAUUAGAAGGACUGAAAGGAUAUACGUGUCCCUCAGACUGGACAGAAGGUCUGAAGGCAGGAGAUGUCACUAAAGAGAAGGCCAACCAGAAAAAAGCUGAGGAGAAAACUGAGCGUCACUUGAACCCUCUACAUGUUCUGCAUCUGGUGGAAGAAGCUAUAUCAGAUGACAGUAUCCUUGUAGCAGAUGGCGGAGACUUUGUAGGCAGUGCAGCUUACAUUUUACGCCCAAGAGGACCUCUUCGCUGGCUGGAUCCAGGUGCUUUUGGCACUCUGGGAGUUGGUGGAGGAUUUGCCUUGGGAGCUAAACUUUGUCGCCCCGAUUCAGAGGUUUGGAUAAUAUAUGGAGAUGGUUCAUUAGGAUACAGCAUUGUAGAGUUUGAUACAUAUACACGCCACAAGACUCCAGUGAUUGCUCUGGUUGGAAACGAUGCCUGCUGGAGUCAGAUUUCUCGAGAACAAGUCCCCAUGCUGGGAAGCAAUGUUGCCUGCAGUCUGGCAUAUAAUGAUUAUCAUACUGUGGCAGAAGGUUUUGGAGGGAAAGGUUUCUUGGUCACUCGGCAAGAUGAAGACCGAAUAACCGACAUCAUCAAGGAAGCACAAGAAGCAACAAAAAAAGGAAAAUCUGCUCUUAUUAAUGUGCUAAUAGGGAAAACCAAUUUCCGUGAUGGGUCUAUUUCUGUGUAAAGUUUUUAUUAGUAAUGAUAAAAUAACACUAGAAAUAUAUUUUUGAAUAGCCCAGCUUCCUGAUCCUAUUGAUAGAUCCCUCUGUCUAUCCUCUCCAGUUGGUUACUAAAUCUAGCAGAGGAUGUACCUGGAAAUUGCUCAGAAAGAGGAUAGAUUUUUAUAAACAAGUUUUCCAAUUUUUAAAGCAUCACCUUUUAUGUGACCAAUUCAAAUAUUCUGCUGUGGUUUCUGAUAAUCGAUCUCAGCCACAGUAACUUCCAUGGGGCCUAUUAUACUGUACCUUUGAGUGGAUAUUUGAGGACAGUUAUAUUGUAUAAGACGAUAGUGAAUGGGGUGCUGAAGUUUAACUCAGGUAAUCUGUGCACAGGAGUGGAAAACCAAACUUUGUAUGAGCAGCACUGUUUUACUGAUUGUUCUUUUUAAUGAUAUGAAAUUAUUUCUCUUAAUCGCACUGAAAAAGUACUGCCAUGUGAAGACCAAAUGUAUACAUAUUUACAAAGUACAAUGAACCCUUUUUCCUCUGUAUUUUUACAGUAUAUAUAUGAUCUGUCAAAAUGAAAAGAAACGGACCAGUCCAGCUUUCACCAGAUCUCCUCAUUCUAGACAUGAUCUCGUUAUAACAUAUUCUCUACUUUGAAAGUACACUUUGUGACAUUUAGAAAUAUGUCUGUAAAAGUUCCCAAACUUUGAAGUCAAUUCAAUUUUCAGCGAUGAACUACAGUAUACUCCUACCUUGCCUAGAACAUCGUACCCUGAUUACUUGGGAAAUAAUGACAUAGAUCAUUGUGUCCUGCCAUAUUUCUACAAAUAUUUACCCCGCAACUCAAGUCACUUUUAGAUAAAAAUAGAGCUAACUUGUAGCGCAAUAAAAUAUUAAUGUGUGAUAAAUGUCACUCUGAGUGAUAAAUUGCACAGCAAAUCAACUCCUGACUGUCAUUUUUCAAACAGUCUGUAACAUGGCAGUUAGGAGCUGAUUGGCUGGUGCAAUUUUUCACUCACAGUGAAAUUUAUCACUCAUUGAUAAAUAAGGGCACAAAUAGGCUAUGCCUAGGACUUGUAUUUUGGUAACCGCUCAAAAGAUGACUGGUCUAAGCUUGCAAUCAGUGGUGCUAAACUGGUUAAGUUACUUCCACAGGUUUGUAGAAUUUAUGUAUAGGGCACAUACUGUACCUCCCAGAGAACAAAAAAAUACGAAUGGCUUUUGCAAGAAUAUAGUCCCUACCGCUCAAAUACGCUGUAACCAGGAACAACCCACUGAAUGUCAGCUCUGUCCAGUUUAGUGUAAGUAAGGCUGUGAAUUUCUUUAUCAUCCACUAGGGGUCACUGGAGUACUCUUGGGGGAUAUGGACGGCUUCCACCGGAAGAAGG